AGAAUGAUAAGAAGAAAUACAAGAUUAAGACAAGAAUAUCUUUAUAGAAAGAACUUGGAGGGCAAAGAGAAGGACAACUAUGAGAAGAAGAGAAAGAUAAAGAAAGCAUUGAAUGAGGGUAAACCAAUACCUUCAGAGUUGAUCGACUUUGAGUUUAAUAAGAGACAGGAGUUGGAGGUCGAUGGCGACUUCUCAAACGACAAGAAGGUCAAUAUCGACGAUGAGUAUGCACGUGCUGGCAUCGACGAUCCCAAAGUGUUCAUCACGACUAGUCGCGACCCAUCAUCUCGUCUCGUUCAAUUCUCCAAGGAGCUUCGCAUGCUCUUCCCCAACGCACAAAAGAUGAACAGAGGUGCCCACGUCAUGCGCGAGAUGGUCGAGGCCUGUCGCGCCAACAACGUCACAGAUCUAGUCAUUGCACAUGAACACAGAGGUGAACCAGUUGGACUGGUCAUAUCACAUAUGCCUUAUGGACCUACAGCAUACUUUGAGAUACAGAACUGUGUAAUGAUUCAUGAUAUUCAAGACUCACCUCCAGCAUCACUAGCCUAUCCACAUCUUAUAUUCAACAACUUCACAACACCUCUUGGUGAAAGAACCGAGACCAUUUUAAAGCAUUUGUUCCCUGUACCCAAGGAUGACAGCAGGAGAAUCGUAACCUUUUCAAACAACUCUGAUUUUAUAUCAUUCAGACAUCAUCUAUACGAGAAGGAUGGACAUAAGAAUAUACUGCUAAAGGAGGUUGGACCAAGAUUCGAGCUAAAGCUGUACAAGAUUCAGUUGGGCACAGUCGAUCAGGAUGAGGCGGAUAUCGAAUGGGUCUACAGACCAUACAUGAACUCAACAAAGAACAGACAGUUCCUCUAA